AUGCUGAACGCUAUACCAGAUAGACGUAAUGUAGAUGAUAGAAGCGAAGUAUUUCUGGCACCUAACGAAGAAAUUCAUAGUGAACAAAAAGAUGAAACUGAAACAGAAGAAAUUUGUGCAAUUCAUGCAAUAGUUGACUUAGGUGGUCGACGCAAAUCAUCUAUGAGUAUCAGCAAAAGUGAUUCAUCUUCAUCAAAUAGUACUGAACUUCCAAAAAUAAAGUCAACAGUUGAUAUGGUUCCACGUCCUAUAUUUGAUGGUAUUCGUUUGGAUUCUAAUAGAUUAAAUAAUCCAUGGUUUCGUCUAUUAGUUGAAUGUGUUGCUGAAUUAUUCGGCACAACUAUUCUUGUUUUAUUCGGAUGUUCAGGCAUUGCUCAAUUUACUUUAUCACGUGGUGUACUUUCAAGUUUUCUAUCAGUUAAUUUUGCGUUUGGUUUUGGCGCAUUAAUUGCUGUUUAUGUUGCUGGUCCCAUAUCAGGUGCACAUCUUAAUCCGGCUGUAUCAAUUGCAAUGUUAAGUUUACGUUCAAUUACACCAUUACAAUGUAUUACAUACAUGCUAUCACAAUUUAUUGGAGCAUUUAUUGCCGCUGCAUUAGUAUUUGGAACGUAUUAUGAUGCAAUUAAUAAAUUUGAUGGGGGUGUAAGUGGUGAUAAAUCAACUGCUGGAAUAUUUGGAACAUUACCUGCACAAGGUACUAAUCAAGUAUCUCUUUUCUUUGAUCAAGUUCUUUCAACAGCUCUAUUACUCAUUGCUCUUUGUUCAUUAGCAAAUAAACGAAAUAAACUGGUAGCAAAUGCUCAAAUUCCUCUAGCUGUUGGAUUUAUUAUUGUGGCUAUUGGUGUUUCAUUUGGUUAUAAUUGUGGUUUUCCAAUAAAUCCAGCACGUGAUCUUAGUCCACGAUUAUUUACUUUUUGUGUUGGUUAUGGACGUGAAGUAUUUUCUGUUGGUAAUUAUUAUUUUUGGAUACCAUGUAUUGGUCCUAUAUUUGGAGCAUUGAUUGGUGCAUGGACUUAUCAUGGUUAUAGUAAAUUAAUGAAAAUAUAUAUUGGAGAAGAUGAGAAAGAAAUAGCUCGAGCUCGAUAUCAACUUGAUUUUCAAAAUAUUUCACGGUUGUAA